UGUUAUUUCUUCCACUUAUUAUCACUCUUUGUGUAUAGCCGGAGUACGACUUCUCUUUGUUCAGCUUUGUUUUUUCCGAUUGGUAUUCUCAUUCGAAGGCUGUGUUUACGUAAGAUUUUUUUCUUUCCAGACGCUAAGUUGCGCGUUGUUCAGGUCGACCUACACUAAACAUACAACAACAGAGAUGGUUGUUCGCCCGCGGCCUUUGAAAGAAACUUCUCAAGGCCGGCUCUAAUUCUAUGCUGCCAUGGCCUCAACCUGAUAACCCCAAGUGGCCAGGUGAACUGAACUACCAGCAGACGGCAAGAUUGCACGUGAUCUUUGUUCUUAGGAAAUAUUUGUUCUAAAAAAAAAAAAGUGCUAAAAGUGCUAAAAUAUUACGGAAGUACAACCAAAACCCCAGUUCAACCUUAUGGUCUAACCGUGGGAUAACAUGCCUUGCUGGUGAAUAUAAAUAAAAUGUGCGCAUCGCGUUGAAACACGUGAUGCAGGAUUCACAAGAUGGCAGGAGCAGACGACUGAGUCUUUGGAUUAUCUUAUUUACAUUCCAGUAGAGUGUCCAGUUUUUUUUUUUCUUUCUUUCUGGUUUGAACCUCAACAAGCCAAUUAGGCAAACGGAAAGGGAGAUAACAAACGCAAAAAAGAAAGCAAAAAGAGGCUGCAGUUUUCAAAUUAUAAAAAAAAAAAAAGGAUUCUGUUCAGGGGAGAAGAAAAAACACGUGGGAAAAUACAGUUGUACAGGAGAGGGAGGGAAAAGCGCGGGGAAUUCAAGGGAGGAUACUGACGAGGUGAAGUGACGUCACAGUAGUCUGUCUUGUGAAAGAGACGCGUCAUUACUCACCUCAAGCUUGACCUAAAAAAAAAAAAUUUGGUAGAAAAAAAAAAGGUAUUUGCUCACGAAGUGAAACCAUGGGAAAACGAGCGAGUAAGCUCCGACCUGAGGAGGUAGAGGAGCUGAAGUCACACACGUACUUUACAGAGUCAGAGAUCAAACAGUGGCAUAAAGGAUUUAGAAAAGAUUGUCCUGAUGGAAAAUUAACGUUAGAGGGCUUCACUAAGAUCUACCAACAGUUUUUCCCGUUCGGUGACCCGAGCAAGUUCGCCAACUUUGUUUUCAAUGUGUUUGAUGAGAAUAAGGAUGGGUUUAUAUCAUUUAGUGAAUUUUUACAAGCUCUGUCUGUGACGUCAAGAGGAACGGUAGAAGAAAAAUUAAAAUGGGCCUUCCGUCUGUAUGACCUUGACAAUGACGGAUAUAUAACAAGAGAAGAGCUCUUAGACAUCGUGGAUGCUAUUUAUAGAAUGGUGGGAGAGUCUGUUACAUUACCAGAGGAAGAGAACACUCCAGAAAAAAGAGUCAAUAGAAUAUUUCAAGUCAUGGAUAAGAAUAAAGACGACCAAUUGACGUUUGAAGAGUUCCUGGAAGGUUCUAAAGAAGAUCCAACAAUUAUACAGGCCUUGACAUUGUGUGACUCGGGGCAAGCCUAGAUGACUUUUCAAUAUGGAUGUUUAGUUUGGCCUUACUUUCUCAAAUCUUUUCAAAGUCAUUUUUUUAAAUCCCAUCAUCUAGUCCCUUUUGCCCCUCAGAUACAAACAAACAAACAAAUGAAAUCCUUCAUUUUGAUUGGUUAAUUUGAACUAACUGCGUGUUGAUUGGUUAAUCUUCUCCACACUAUGUUUUCUAUAAUGUCAAUGCAUACAUGGCGAUAUGUUUUAUUUUACAUACAUGUUGAUGUCAUUUUUUUUUAAUUAUGGAGCUCAACUGUUGCCAAUUAUGUGUGGAUUUUAAUUUAGAUGUGUUUGAAUUUUUUAACGUUCUUUAUAAUGCUUUGAGAGUCUGUUAAAAAAAAAAGUAGCUCUGGUUAACUUAGCGACUUUGCCAAACAAAAAAUCUAUUUUUAAAAAUGUGACUAAAGGGCUGCCACCUAGUUGUGCAGACGGUGGAUUUGUUUUACCCUGUCCCGGAAGUUGCCAAAAGAGAAAGAAAUUUAUUUCCCUUGAGCUUUUCUACAAGUCUUAAAAUCACUUUGCCGUCUUGUCCAGCUUUACAGGGCAAGAUGGGCUUCACAGCAAGUCAUUAAGUAAUGAAAUAGAUUGUCUGGACUUGGCAAAACUGUUCUAAUUAAACGGGCAUUGUGUUGCGGAACCGAGGAAAGUCGCCGAGUGGCUAUGAGCAUCACCUAUGUGUAAAGGCUUGUCUAAACUGGACACUAAACUAAUAUCUCUAUUCAAACGUAACUUACAAGUUAGUUUAUGUUUUUGUGCUGUUGGAAAUUGUGAAAAAUACGACAAAGGGCAGCAACCAGCUGAUUUAAGACUUUUGCAAAAUUCUAUAGUUAGCGAACCUAGGGAAUACAUUUUCCUUUAUAUCAGACUGUCACAUAGGUCCUAGAACAAAAACAUGGUAAAUACCGGUAUUCAAUAUUGGUGCAGUCAAGCACACGUUUUUAUCUAAGCGACCUAAUUUAAAAGAUAAAUAAUAUCAAGUGGUCUGAUUAAUGAAUAUGUAUGAUACUGAAGCAAUGCACGCCAUAUCGGAGGAAAUAUCGGGUAAAACAAGUGUCCCCAUUCGUCAUAUGUAUUUAGAGGUUAAAUAAAGCAGACAGCAUAAUUUUAUCCUUACAUAUAUAAACAAAUAUUUAUACAUCAAACCUUUAAAAGUUGUUUUUGUUUUGCAUUUUGAAAUUGAAAAAGAAUGCAAUUUUUUUUUGGAUAAACAAAUAAAAAUACUUCUAUGUGAAUUGUAAAAGAAAGGUAAAUGUUUUAAAAUCAAGCAUGUAUAUCAUAAAAAUAGAAAUCAACCAAGCUAAAUUGUUUCGUAUGUCUGCGAGCUUGUUUUUAAUAUCUAAACAUUCGCUUGAU